GCAUCUCAGCUUUUGAAGAGGCACAAACGUUUGCAGGAUUUCCCCACCCAUCAGUGGAAAGUGCUUUACAACAUGAAUCUAAAGGCUGCGAUUCAGAUAAGCUGAUCAUAACUGCACUUAUCUGAUGUGCCGAGGAUUAUUUCGGAUCAGUUAUGGGGGAAAAGGAUGGUUGUAAUUCUUCUUUGACAGCAAUCAGGGUUCUGCGAGUUUCCCUCGUGGAUGAACUAGAAGGACGGAUUGACUCUCUGCUGGAAGUCUUAGUAAGUCGGGAGUUUUUCACUCGUGAUGACCGUGAGGAGGUCUUGUGUCAGUUGGGGCCCCGGGCAAGAGUAAGAAAGGUGUUGGACAUCCUGCAGUGUAAAGGCGAAGAAGCAGCUAAUAUUUUCCUCUCAAUUAGCAUCAAUCAUCAGCAAGAGGCACAGAAAUACUCCAAAGAAGGCAACACAGAUCAACCUCAGUCCGUAGAGUACAACAAAGUCAAACAAAAGCAUAAAGAUGUCCUUAGGCGCCGGAGCGAGAGCAUGCUCUUCUACAACACUCGACAUGGAGAGAAAAUCCUUUUUUCUGAACAUUAUGUCAACCUCUUGUUGGUCGAUGGACACCAGGGGUUGGACAUAAAAAGACAUGAGGUUCUGACAUUUGGGCAAAAGCGAUUGUCUUUGCAGCAGAAGUCAGCAGUUCAUAGAAAAAUCACACCAGGGGAAAUAUUCCUCAGUCCAAAUGGAAGUCGUCCAGUCAAGAAAGUUCUGGUGACAGGGGUGGCUGGCAUUGGGAAAACCAUCCUUGUGCAAAAGAUGCUGUUUGAUUUCGGGGGAAACAAAAACUGUCUUACAUUUGACUUCGUCAUCCACAUGACCUUCAGAGACCUCAAUCUGAUCAACAAACCCACAAGCUUCCGGGAGAUGGUCUUGCGUAAGAACAGGCACCUAGCUAAAGAAUUGGAUAACAUUCUAGCUAAUGACAACAAUCUGCUUAUCAUACUGGACGGCUUUGAUGAAUUCAGGCACUACAGGAGCUGCGAGGUAGAUGUAUUUGUGUCUGAGCCUGAUGAAGACGCAGAUGUGGUGGAGGUCUUUGGAAGUCUGAUGCUUGGUGAACUGCUGCCCAAUGCUUCUGUCUUACUCACAAGUCGACCUGCAGCUAUCAACCACAUCCCUGUCGGCUGCAUCGACCGUUUUGUGCUCAUUUCUGGCUUCUCGUUGGCCGAAGUUCAAGACUUCUUCUCACGAUACUUCCAAGACAGAGCUCUUGCUGACCGCAUGUUCGCCGUGGUGUCAGCGAAUGAUCUCAUGCUGACAUUGUGUUACAUACCUGCGUUUUGCUACAUCGUGUGCUGCAUCCUCAAAGAAAGCAAAGAACUCGGUGGACCAAGCCCCAAGACCAUGACAGACAUUUACGUACAGUAUCUAGUGGCAUUGCUCCGCUCUCACACUCAAGCAAGAGCUGAAACCUUUUUUCAGGAGCAACAAGCAGGAGCCAAUCAGCAGCUAUCUGACACUGUGCUAAAGCUGGGCCGACUUGCCUUCAAAAAGUUGAUGGAGCAUCAAACUCUUUUCUACAGCAGCGACCCAGAUGUGGCAGCAGUAAAGGGAUGCAGCCUUGUGAGUACCUUCCUUGACAAGACGGUGGCCCAAGAGCCAGGCUGUACUGAAGAGGUUUACUCCUUUGCACACCUUACUGUCCAAGAGUUCUUUGCAGCCGUUUACUGUGCCGUCACUGAUCAGCCUUUACCUGAUGCAAUUCAGAACUCUACAACUCCCGUGGAGGGAUCCAACUACGGACAUUUGGACCUAUUCAACCGCUUCCUUUCUGGAAUCCUCUCUGAGCGCAAUGCUAACCUUCUGUCGAGGCAGGUGGGGCUGUGUUGUCAUAAAGAAAAAGUGGACUCCUAUCGUCAGAGGAUCAUCAGAGAACUUACAGCACGCUGUGAAAACGGGGCCCAUAUCCUCAACCAUCUGCACUGCCUGUUUGAGCAGCAGGACCCUUCUCUGGCCCUCGCUGUACAACCAAAGACACUGCGGAUUAAUGUUUGUGAUGAAACACUCUCCCAAAUGGACUACAAUACUAUCAAGUACUUCCUAAACCUGACAAAGGGGACAAUAUCAGAGCUGGAUCUGACUGGGACCGGAGUAAGCUGUGAAUCACUAAGAGAUAUUCAGCCCCUGCUGAUUAGAUGUCAGUGUCUUUGGCUGGGAGAAAACAUCCUCGAUAUGGAAGCAGCUCAAGCGAUUGCUGAUGUGUUGCAAGUGUCAGAAAGUAUAACCCAACUAGGACUUGGAUGGUCGAACAUUGGGGAUGAGGAACUACUUGUUCUAUCACAUGCCAUACGCGUGAAAAAAAAGCUUGAACAGUUGUGGAUGGAGGGAAACCGCCUGACCUACAGAGGUCUGAUGUCCCUCAAGGACCUGACUCCAUAUCCUCUGGAAAGAGUUGUAGCCAUAUGGAAUGACCUGACUGACACCGAUCCAGAAACCUUUAGCACUAGAGAAAGUGUAACUGUGGAUUUCACAGAUGAUGAUAUGUGGGACGGAUGGGGGCAAUGGGUGUUGAAAAGGUGUGAGGUCAGCAGCAACGAGAAGUUAGUGAUGGUACUCCACAAAGUGUGCAACGUUUCAGCCCACUGCUUGAAAGCAAAGUGGGCGAAAACCUUUUACGAGCAACUAACACAGCUCAUCGCUGGCAGGAUAGAGAGCUGCACCGAGGAAGACAUGUGCAAGAAGCUCAGAAAGUUUGAGAACAUUUUGCAACACUGACAGACAAAUAUUCACUUACCUCAAGUCAUAAGCUAUAAAUGGAGUUCAUGUGUUUGUUUGAUGUUAAACGCUUUGUGUGAAACAUAUUGAUUGUGAAUGAUAAACUAGUAUCACUACAGAAUUAUAUUUACUACAUAAUAUGAUGCAAUUUCCUGUCUUCAACCUCUAAUUUGGGAUUUUUGCCCAUGAGGGAAUGCAUGCAGGUCACAUAUCCAGAAUGUCAUUGAAAAUAUUCAAUAUGCAAAACAACUAGUUGGCCCGUACGGGGAUCGAACCCGCGACCUUGGCGUUAUUAGCACCACGCUCUAACCAACUGAGCUAACCGGCCACAGCGCUUUGAGACAUAUAUUAUAUUAUUCACCUAAAAUACAUUAAAGUUCUCGUGUUUAAUGUUUUAUCUACUUUCAGCACAUCAAUUGUUCCCCUUAAAAAAAAAGGCCAUGCUGGGAAUUUAUACAAGUGAAAAAUGUAAUCUUUAACUACAUACUGGUUAUCAGGUUAAACAAAUUACAAUACCGUAGGCCUACUGUUUACAACAAUAUAUAAAAAAAUGUAUUACCUUAUAAUACUGAUGUGUUUUCUAUUUAUUUUGAUUUCUAUCAACUAUUUAUAUUACAAGCUAAAUGUUUUGUACUUUUUUUGUAAUAUAAUAAACACAAGUUUUA